CCAGCCUACAACCUGGCCAAGGAGCAGCGGCUCAACUUCGGGGACGACAUCCCCAGCGCCCUUCGCAUCGCCAAGAAGAAGCGCUGGAACAGCAUGGAGGAGCGGCGCGUCCACCAGGAGAACGAGCUGCACGCCCACCUCACGCGCCUCAUCCUGGCCGAGCGGGAGAGGGAGCUGGAAGAGUGUCAGCGGAACCACGAGGGCGACGAGGACGACGGCCACGCCCGGGCCCAGCAGGCCUGCAUUGAGGCCAAGCACGACAAGUACUUAGCGGGCAUGGACGAGCUCUUCUCCCAGGUGGACGAGAGGAGAAAGAAGCGGGACAUCCCCGACUACCUGUGCGGCAAGAUCAGCUUCGAGCUGAUGCGGGAGCCCUGCAUCACUCCCAGUGGCAUCACCUACGACCGCAAGGACAUCGAGGAGCACCUGCAGCGUGUGGGCCACUUCGACCCUGUGACCCGGAGCCCACUGACCCAGGAGCAGCUCAUCCCCAACCUGGCCAUGAAGGAGGUCAUCGACGCCUUUGUCUCCGAGAACGGCUGGGUGGAGGACUACUGAGGCGGCCGUGGCCCGGGCGCCCGGGCCGCAUCCAGCCCUGUACGCAGUCCGCGCCCCACCACCCAGCCUGCUGCUGGGCCGCAAGUCCCCCUACCCGCCUCUGGGGCCAGAGGUCGCAGGAGAGGGUGGGCUGGGCCGAGGCCACCGCUGUCCCUGCAAUAAAAUCCGUGAGUGCGGCA